AUGCAAUCAAGAAAUCAAAGCAGAUCGCUAACAGACAUGCCCUUGGAAGUGAUGGAUAAAAUAAUAGUUGACUUGGGAAAAAUUUCAGCAGUUGAGGCUUUGAGGAUGAAGAGUGUUUGCAGAUUCUUUAACGAGGUAGGAAGAACGGACGACAUAUAUAAACAUAUGGAGGUAGAUGGAUUACGAUUUCGUGGUUGGUCUGACCAGAAACAUACAGUUGUUAACAAAUGCAUAGAGAUGAGAAACCCGAAUAUUUUGUUCAGGAAUGGAUUGAUGAAGUUAUUUUUCUUAGAAGUUGAUCAUGAAGGGAAAACGAUGCUUGAAGAAGCAUCUGCAUUGGUACAUUUGAAUUCAACAUUUGUCAUGGGAAUGAUGGUGAUGGCUAAAGGGAGACAUAGGAAGCAGGAAGUUUUGGACAUGUUGAAUAAUGCUUGCCGCAAAGCAAAAGCUAAGUUGACUCUUAGAGCAACUUAUUCUAAGGAUGAGUGCUUUUAUUAUGGCAAUUCUGAUUUAGGAUUGACUUUGUUGAGACAAGCAGCACAUGAAGAUCAUCUUGAGGCAAUUUAUUUGCUUGGAAUAAUCUACAUUUCAAGAGGCCUUCAUCAAUGUGAUGAAGGUUUACAAUUACUUGAUGCCUAUUUUGGUUUGGCAAUUCCGGAUGAAGGGGAGUACACGGGUGUUGUUGAUGGCGCCAAAGAGUUGUUGCGGGAUAUUGAUGUUGUUCAUAGACUUACAACGACUAACAUCACAUUCCAAUGUGAAGACUCACGUCAUUCUGUUAAAGGUGCAUUUGCAAUAGGCCAUGAAGAGGAUGAGGAUCGACAAAUAUAUUUCAUGGUUUGUCGUUGAACUAUCGGUAGCAUAAUACCAACGGAUAUGGAUUCGGUAGCAUUUUCCCUAGCAACUCUCAUUCUCGCUACCAGAAAUAAAAUCCGUAGACAAUGUGGUAACAACAUUGCUAUGGAACAACAUUCCAUAGCACGAUCCAUUGAAGAUUAA